AUGGAGAUUGAAGCAGAGCUGUUUUAUGCAUAUAAACAAAAUGUAAACAAAGAAGACAUACGGUUGCUUCUGAUGAUUUUGCUUGUUGUUAAAUUUGUGAUCUUUUUUUUAUCUCUUCUUGAUUCUGUUGACAACAUCAAUUUGAUGAGCUUAUGUUUGCUAAAAACUCUUAUCGAAUUAAAUUCUGUAAUUACAGUGAGAAACUUUGUAAAGAAUAUUUCUAAUUAUGGAAUGAACUUUUCAAGAAAAUCUCAUAUGAACUGUGAACGUGUUUACGUCUGUUGA